AGAGGCUGAGCAUCACAAAACGGAAGCUUCUGGAGUCGUGAGCAGUCCCUUAAAGGGACUUGCAAGUCAUGCCUUUUACCAGUCACGAAUCCAACAUUGUAACGGCUACCAACUGUCCGUCGUCCGUUAUAGGUACCCAACAUCGGACAUCGGACGUCAUUUUCAUCUGGUGUGGGUGUCUUUUGUCUCCUUGGCAGAUGUUUUCCAUCACUUUGAUGGUUCCAUCACUAAAGAUUGUUCUCUGGAGACCCCAAGGAACAUCUACAUGUAUGGAGACGCAACAGAGGUCAUUAUCAUUUAUUUUUUGCAUUAUUUGAACAGAUCCAUCCGCCAUCACCAUGAAGAUCUCUCUUUUCCUGUUGGUUUUGUUGGGCACUGCACAGGCCUUUGUGCCUCUUGCUCGUGUUCCCACGACAACAAGUAGUACCAUUGUGCAAUCCACCUUUACCCCCAACGACUUUGCCGAUCAACUCAGUUUGCUGGACAAGUUGAAUUCCGCCAAAAGGGACGGAGAACCUCGCAUUGAGAGCAUUUUGGAACCCAGCUACACUGUAGCGUUCGCAACGGCGGCUGCUGGACCUCUCAUCUCUCUCAUCUAUGGUGGUUCCUUGGUGGGUACCAUUGGCAACUGUGUGCAUGUAUUGCUGGCCACUCUCUUUUGGGUUCAAACACUCCGUGUUCGCUGUGCCUUUGAAGAAGACGGAUUUGAAUUCUACAAUCUCAAGGGAGAUAUGGAUCUGACCAAAAAAGCUGCCAAGUUGACCCGCAAGCCAGGAAACUUUGUCACCAAAACCGAAAACAAGUGGGUGUACGACAAGGUCACUGGGUACCAAUUCUAUCCAUCCAUUCAAUAUCCCCUGAUUUGCUACCUCAAGGAAACACAAACACCUGAACGCUACAAUAUCCCCGGAGAACAGCCUCACUUCUUUCCUGCGCUAUUUGUGGCUGAACAGUUCAAGGAUGAGAUGGAUAAGAGAGGAGUGGACUACGGAGUCUAACUAUAAUAGCUACUGGUAAUUGAAAACAACUAAGUAAAUUACUACGAUGAGU